AUGAUGGAGCUGCCAGAUGCCCGCUGGGUUGCAGAAAUGAGCAGCCAGGCACUGCCGGUCUGCCAGCCGUUUCGGCUUCGGCACCGCGCGGACAUAACCUUCAUUGUGACGAUGGCGGGACGGAUCAUCCAGAUGCAGUCCGGCUUCGCCAUGCUCGAGUCCGCAUAUGCUCAGCCCAACAACUCGGCCAACAUCAUGAUGAAGAACAUGCUGGAUCUCUUCAUCGGUGUUCUGGCCUUCUACCUGUUCGGCUAUGGAAUUGCUUAUGGUGAGACCCAUGAUGUCGGAUUCGCAGAUACUGGCUACGAUAUGGCCCAUUGGUUUUGCUGCUUCUCUUAUGCUACAACAGCUGCGACAAUCAACAGCGGGGCCCUUGCAGGACGUGUGGCCUUCUUCCCCUACCUGGUCUUGUCCACCUUUAUGACAGGCAUCGUGUACCCCAUCUCAGCGCGCCUCGUCUGGGGUGGCGGCUGGCUCCAGCAGCUGGGAUUCAUCGACUUCGCCGGCUCGGCCACAGUGCACAUGGUCGGCGCUGUGAGUGCCCUGGUCAGCACGUGCUUCGUUGGCCCACGCAUUGGGCGCUUCAAGGAAUACCGGGCCUGGAAGGCGCCAUGGAGCAUCAUCUUCUUCGAGAAGCACGACAGCAAGUACUAUCGGGAGCCCGAGGGCGCCGUCGAGAAGAAGGUCUUCGUACCCUUUCGCAAAUGCAGACAUCCCGUGCAGCUCUUGUUCGGCACGUUCCUCCUGCUUGUGGGAUUCCUGGCGUUCAACCCGGGCUCCACUUAUGCCACCACCAUGGACAAGGACCUCACUGUGGCCUACAGCUCCGUCACCACUCUCCUAGCAGCAGCAGGAGCUGGGGUGGGAGGCAUGGUCUACUCAAUCGCCUCGGCACGAGCGGCCGUCGUGCGUGUCCCGGAGCUAACCAACGCAGUGAUUGGAGGCUUGGUGGCGAGCUGCGCAUGCUGCUCCGUCAUCCCCGUUCCGAUCGCUCCCUUGGUUGGCUUCGUGGCGGCGAUACUCACUGGGCUUCGAGGAGCUUCUUGUCUGCUGCCAGAUCGACGAUGCAGUUGGUGCUGUUGCAGCUCAUGGGCCGAGUGGUGCAUGGGGCACGCUGGCAGUCGCUCUCUUGCGGACAAACACUGUGGAGAUACACAUGACUUUGUUGGCAUCUUUUUCGGGGGCGGCGAGACUGCUUGGCGCAUGCUGGGCGUGCAGGCGCUCGGACUCUUGGUGCUCAUGGGCAUCUCUUUAGCUUCCACGUAUGUGCUCGUGAUGUUGGUCGACUUGCUCUUCGGCUUCCGAGUCUCCCGAGCCUGCGAGCUGAUUGGCCUGGACUUCUGGGAGCACCAGUUCGAUGAUGGUAGCCUGGAGACCAACACACACAAAGCCACGCUCUUCGGCCUUUCCCAGAUGCGCGAGGACCUGAGUCGCCGGUCACGAUAUCUGGAUGUGAAGAAGCCGAAGUGGCUCUUUGCAAGGCCCAAGUUUUCCUCGGAGCCAGGCCUUAGCGAGGCCUCCACGGCUGACCUCGAGACGGAGCCCCAGGAGAUGGCUCGAGAUGGUGGAGAGGACCACCGUGAGAACCGUGAGAACCGCGAGAACCGCGAGAACCGGGAGUCUGGCGACCGGCUGGAGGAGCUGACCCGGAAAGUGCAGGCGCUGGAGGCCCAGAUCUCCCUCCUCACGGUCGGGGCUCUACGGAACGCCCAGGCUGCCGAGCCUGGAACUUUUGAGGAUAUCUGCGGCCGGGGCCUGCGAACGGAGACCUGCAUCCCAGCGUCGCCUUCGCACCCUCAGCCGGAGAAAGCGGUCUAA